AUGGCUACUUCUUCCGCUGAUGAUGGGCAGGCCAAUUCGACGCCUCAACUCGAUGCGGCGCCAGCAUCGCCUCAUGGACCAGUCCAUGGGCCUUUCUUCGAUCUCGCGGUCGAGCUACGGCUCAAGGUCUAUCAACAGCUCUUCGGCUUUGCGGAGCCUAUCAAGCUCAUCGUGGAUGGAACCGGCCUGUUCAAACACGAGCGAACCAACCCUGCUGCAGACAAGAUACCCGUCCAUGUGUUCCGAUUGAACAAGAAGACCUAUUUGGAGGCAUCCCCAGUUCUGUUCAAAUGCAACAUCUUCGCCUUGGACCUGUCCACUCUGCGCGCCGGACUCGCGCGACCUGAGCCAAUGUACAAGCACGUGGAAUCGCUGGAGGUGUGCUGGACUGUAGGGACAUGCUGGGGCUACGUCCAGACCGUCAAAGCUGCCGGCGAAAAGAUGCCUGCACUGCGGAAGCUUGAGUUGAAGUUUGAGCAACCCCGAGCCGUCCUGGCUGCAUCGCUCGAGUUCUGCAGCGCCAUCAUGGCUUGUGCGCCUCUGAUUGGCAGUCCGGAACUUCGUCUUUGCGCUCACCUUUCGGAGAGUGAGGAGUGGACGAGCGGCGGCGCAGACAAUCGAUAUGACUUUCCAAUCCGCACCGCCCUGGCCAGAGCCGGAUCUACCCUGAGAGACAUUCAACCGCACCCGAAUUUCCACGUCAGUCCGCUCACCCGCUCCAUUCUGCCCGAAUUGCACCUCAUCCAGCUUACCGGCAAGAUCACACCCUCUCUGCUCCAUAAGAUUGAACAACAUGUAUGUGAGAUGGGCGAGUGUACUUGGGUCCGGACCGGGGAAGAAGACAGUCAACGCCACGCCGACGGGACAAACACGGGACGGCGCAUCCAUUUGAGGUGGGGGAAAUCAGACGGCACUCUCGUUCGUCCGUGUGUGCCGGAAGUCGACAUGCUCCAGUUCUAUCCAGAACUCUCCAAGUCCGAGAAGAAGAAGAUUCAAGAAUUCUUCGCUUCGUUCCAACAAGUUGUCGGUGGCACCCCUUCCGUGGGGUUCGGAAAUACGACCAGCAGACAACCCACUACCAGCGGCACAGACCAGGCUGCGGUCAGACCACCGGAGGCUCAUUCCGACGCAGACAGACAGACUCGUCGUGUUGGAAAUGGGGAUUACGCUCAUGAGGAUGUCAACACGGCCACACGUCCGCAUGCCCACAAUGCCACGUCGGCGGCUUCUGCGCAGACCGGUCCCGCAACGCCGGCCAUCACCCAUACUCCCGAAGAGAACCUACAAGCCCUCCAAGCGCUGCCCUUUGCGAACUACCACUCCGAUCUCGUCAGCGAAUUUGCGCACCCGGACACGAAAGACGACGAGGCAGCCUGGGCAGCCGUGUUCGCCGUGAUCGCACGUGAUUUUGGCAUCGCUAGUACUGGUGCUGGUGCUGGUGCUGGUGCUGGUGCUCUUGCUGGUGCUGCGCAGAGGCAUAAGAACGCUUUCUCAAUAUGCGCCCACUACGCGGCUUGCACGCCUGAUAUGUAUGCCACGGAGGCGAUACUACGUGCCUAG